AUGACUCUCUGGUCUGUUGGAAAGGCUCCUAGCCCAAGGGCUAGCGAGGUCCUCUUAAACAACCUAAAGUCUGGUAUACUCUCCCACACUGUUACCAUUCCGAGUCCUAAUCGACCUCGAUUUUCCUCUACAUUGCAAGUUGCUGCAAAGACAAAGACCAGUCCACCUUCACCUACCCUCCCUCCUCUAUCAGCUCUUCCUACGAAGGUACUCCUUCGCUCGUUACUGGUUUCUACUAUCUCCUCGAAGCCACUACUAUUAAGAUGCUCCCUCUGGCUUAUGUCAAUCCUCUCCAAGCCGGACGGAAAUUACUUUUUGAAUGUGGAUCGUAAUCCCAUUCUACAUGGUAUUCUGAAGAAGACAUUCUACGAACAGUUCUGUGCUGGUGAAACAGACGCGGAAACAAGAGCAACUAUCCGAGAACUUAAGGAUAUGGGUUUCCGUGGUGUGAUCAUGACUUAUGCUAAGGAAACUGUGUUCGAUCAUCGCACAAAUACCCAACAGGGACUUGGAAUUGCCGCGCUGGAAGCGGAAAAGAAUAAUGAUCCUGCUCAUCCCCUCGUGGCCCAGUGUGCCAAUAUCGAGGCGUGGAGAAAGGGAACUGCUGAGACAGUGGAACAAUUAGAUGAUGGUGAUUACCUAGCCGUGAAAUUAACCGGUGCCGGUCCAACCGUAACAGAAGCUUUCUCAAAAGGCGAACUCCCACCACCCCAAAUGCUCGAAGCCCUAGAUCAAAUCUGCACCCGAUGCAAAGAACGAAACGUCCGUAUCCUCGUUGACGCCGAAUCUCACCACUUCCUCUCAGGAAUCCUCCGUGUCACGCUAGACCUCAUGCGAAAAUAUAAUCGUGACGGAUACGCCCUGAUCUAUAAUACCUAUCAAGCUUAUUUGAAGAGUACCCCGGAGACAAUUUCAAAACACAUGACAGUAGCCCAACAAGAAGGCUUCACAUUCGGUCUGAAGCUUGUCCGUGGUGCAUACAUCGCUUCCGAUGAACGAUCCUUGAUUCACGAUACAAAGGAAGAUACCGAUGCGGCGUAUAACGGUAUUGCCCAAGGAGCUUUGAAACAGACUAUUGGAAAGUUCGGCGUGGAGACUACUUUCCCUCCUGUUAAUUUGUUCCUCGCAAGUCAUAAUAAAGCCAGUGUUGUCGAUGCUCAUAAUCUUCAUCAACAGCGUGUUGCUGCGGGUUUACCUACUGUUCCUGUUCGCUUUGGUCAGUUGCAUGGUAUGUCGGAUGAAGUCAGCUUCUCGCUAUUACAACUCAAAGGGGGUGAUGGAUCGCCGGAGGUUUAUAAGUGCUCGACUUGGGGAACUAUGGGAGAGUGUUUGGCUUAUCUUUUAAGGAGGGCGAUUGAGAAUCGGGAUGCGGUUUUGAGAACCAGUGAUGAGUAUAAUGCUUUGAAGGCGGAGUUUGGAAGAAGGGCGAGGUCUGUUUUCUUUCUUUCAUAG